CAAUAAUCACAAAAAAGAUAGAAAAAACACUAAAUAUAAGUAAUGGCUUGCAAAAUUCAGAAAAGGUUAUCACUACGCAGAAGAAGACUUCACAUUCUACAAGUCCUUACCAACUCCAACAAUGCCAACAAAAAUUCCAUUGCUAAGAGUACUUUUCUACACAUACAUAAGCUAAAGCUUGCACUGGAAAAUGUCAAAAGAGAGUAUGAAAGCUUGAUAGCCACAAGAAGAGAGUACAUUAGCCUAUUGAAUAAUGUCAAAGAUAACAAGGAAGUGAAAAUAGAGAAAAUAAAGGAAGGAACAUUUAAGGUGAAGGUCACAUGUGAGAAAGGAGGAGAGAAGUUUGUUGCAAUUUUAGAGACUUUUGAAAAGAUGUGUGUGAAUGUUGAGCAAGCAAGAGUUUCAUGUGAAAAUGGGUUUUCUAUGGAAGCAAUUAUUGUGGCUGAGGAUAAAAAUCUUGAUGUUAGAGAUGUUAAUGAAGCGCUUCUAAAAGCUAUUGGCAAGUAGAGUGGUGAAAAGGGGAUACAAAUGAGCUUGAUAACUAAUUCAGUAAUUUAUGAAUUUUCAAGUUCAUUAACUUGUUAACAAGUUUUUAAUUAUUUAAUGUUGCUCUGUUAUAAAUGUGUAACAGUAUUGUUGAAUGAUGACAUGGGAAUGAUAAAUAUUAUUUUUAAAAGUUG